AUGAAAGCUUCUUUGACUCGGCGCGCACUUUAUGCGACUAUUUCGCUGGCGCUGACUUGGAUUCUCGCCCUGAUUUACCGAGAGUCUUUGGUCAAUUCAGUAAAAUCACAACUGACAUUUUCUGAGUCUUCUGGUAUCCUGAUCAAAGACAAGGUCGCCACCAUUACCGAUACUCUUUUCACCCCACGAUUGAUUCCUCUCAUUCUUCAUUAUCGCGCAGUUCUUGGUCCUUCAUGGCCCAUUGUUUUCUUCACUUCUCAACAUACAUUUGAUAAACAUUUCUCACACUCCGCAUCUGCAGCAUGGCGUCAAGCUGUAGCAGAUGGAUCCAUUGAGACACGAAUAAUAUCAUCUGAAUUCAAUCUCACUUCACGAAAGGGUGUUAAUUCUUAUUUCUCAAACCCUUGGCUGUGGGAACAACUUGCACCAGCCAAACAUGUUCUUGUCUUUCAAGCCGAUGCAAUACUUUGCGCAAAUGCACAAAAAGCCGUUGAUGAUUACCUCGAAUGGGAUUUUAUUGGCGCUCCUCUCAACGACACACGACAAGUCUUCAACGGUGGCCUGUCCCUCCGUAACAGACAGAUGACGCUUGAAAUCGUCAACAACAGAGACUGGUGGGAAGAUAUGAACACAAAAGGCGCAGAGUAUCAGGGUCAUGGCGAGGAUUACUGGAUGAGUGUGUUGAUGCGCGAAAGAGGAGCUCAUCUCCCAUCCGUCCAAGAGGCGUUAACCUUUUCUAAGCAGUUACCCUGGCACUUUGAGCUACCGGGGUACCCUAUCGGGUAUCACAGGGUACACAGGCAGCUGAGAAGGGAUAAGAAGGCUAUUCCCAGAAUACGGGAGUGGUGUCCCGAGAUUGAUUUGGCGGGAACUGGAAAACUACGGUGA